UUUCUUGAACUAUAGCUUCAGACCCUUUGUUCACUUCUUUCAGACAAAAUAUCAAACAGAUAGAGUGCAACAACAAAACCCACCUCAGAUUCAUCACCACUAUCCCCUACAGUCUUGUUGGAGGAAAGAAAAAUUGGGUCUUUUUCUGUUUCUUAAACUGUAGCUUCAGUCCCUUUGUUGAAUUCUUUCAGGCAAAAUAUCAAACACAUAGAGUGCAACAAUGAGCUGACAUUUUGGGUCAAUUGGUGAUGAUACAGAAAGAGAUUACUUUGUUUAUACUCAAUGGGAAGACGACAAAUUAAUGGUGGUGUUGAUUUUUGGGGAAUUGUGCCACCGCCGAGUAUGGCUCCGGCAGAAGCAAAUGGUGGGCUAGAAGGAGAAGAUCAUUGGAGAAACUUUGACAACUCUGUAAAUGCUGUAUCGUUUGGUUUCGUUGCGACUGCUAUUCUUAUUUCUAUGUUCUUAGUAAUGGCGAUUUUCGAGAGGUUUCUCCGGCGAAGACCAUCGUCGUCCGGUGGUGAUCGGAAUAGUUCCGAUCAAAUGAGAGUCCAGAGGAAACUUGAUUACCCUUCUCCUGAGAUGACUUUUUAUGCGAAUGGAGUAUCAGUACUGAUGCCUGGGGAAGAAGUUCCUACCUUCAUUGCACAUCCUGUACCCGCGCCUUCUCCUAUGGAAUGUACAUCUCAACCCCUUCAUCAUCAAAACGACGCGUCUCCUUCAAGUCCAGCCUCAACUUCUACUAGUCAUAGCUCCAGUUGACAACAAUACAGAUAUGAAAUUGAAAUUUAUGGUUGUCACUCACAAAAACCUCUAUGUGAAAGUAGAUAUUUGUUAGGAAAAAUGUCCACUCAUACA